AUGGCGGAACUCGACAGUCUAUCCGACUCCGAGUGGCUCGACCUGGCCAACGAGUCCGACUCCGACUCCUCCCUUACGGACAGCGACAACGACCAAAUCAGCGACGGCAUCUCAUUGCCACCGUCUCGCAGGUCGUCUAUAAGCAUUCCCAGCGACGCCGAUGGUGAGAUCGAAGCAUGGGAAGGCUUUGCGGACAACCAUGAAGGCGAAACCACCAACUAUCCUCUCACUGCAGCCCAAGCUCUUUUCAGUCGUCCUGAAGAAGAGGUGGUCACAGCGGGUCUUGACCAGAGCAUGGUCGGCACUCUUAGUGCCUCUCGUUCAAGUUCGCUGGGUCACUCCACGGUCCACAAUUCCAUUCGAGACUUGAGGCUGUCAUUCCCAGACCCCAUCACUAGUUCCCGCGAUGAGCUCAAUCGCUCUUACGAGGCAGUCCCCAUCCCGGAAGCACCCGGUACCACAGACGAUGUCUCCAAUUCGCUCGUGGCCGAAGUCGCUCCUGCCCCAGUGGCAAAGAUUACGCUUCAGGACAGCGUUGUCGAUCACAGCCCCAUCAUCUGGUCUGAUGGCCUCUCCUUCGAUGUUGUCCUCUAUGGAUCCACCACACAAUGCCGCGAGUUUUCCCAGUGGUUCACGCAAACCAUGUUUCUGUCUGGAGGCGACUUUGCAGCCGCUCCGAGUCCACAGUCUUUAGCUCGGCUUUCGAUGGCUGUCAUAUCUUUGCCAUGCUCUAUCGCGCUUUCAGAACAUACUCUUUAUCUCCCCGUCGUAUUGGAAGGUGCUGACCUAUCGCAAGUCCCUGAGAAUUUUAAACUGCUUGACAUCCCUCCUCUCCGAACACUACACCUAACCCAACCCGUUACGCAGCAAUAUUUUAUAGACAGUCUUGACGCCAGGGCACGAGUUGACGUUGCCACUGUUCGUGACCAGCUCCUGCCUGUCUUGCAACCUCAAUCGAAACGGCCAUCCAAGCUGACCGAUGGUUUCAAACCAGUACAUGCAGUGACUAUUGUGGCAUUGGUCUACAUUAUCGCGAGUUUCGUUGGAAAUACGAUGUACCGUCCAUCGACCAUCACAUCAACGUCCCAUACGAGCACUCUUCCUCCCACCCAAACAACUCCGUCCACGUUUUGGGCCAUGUUUGGAACUACACCGAAUUCGUCAAUUGCUCCCCCGAUAUCGACCACCGCAGUAACGAGUGCGGCACCAAUGCCUUCAACACUGAAGGACCUCGCUCUCGCAGUUUUCAACCCGGCAACCACCACGUCCUCUCUCCAUUCGGUCGCAUCCUUGCCAUCGGAGGUUUCUAAGGACCAGCCCACCGUCAAAGAUGAAGUGAGCGUCAAGAGCAACACCGAUAUAAUUGUUCGGCCACAAUCAUCGCUCUCUAAUCCUGUUGUACCGAGGUCUCCACCUGCGUCCACACCCGCUUCGCCCCAGACCGAAGCAAGGCGCGCCAAACGCGCUCCCGUACUUGUCGAGGAAGCCGUUCCAGUCACAGCGUUGAGUCUCAAACUUGAAUACUCUCUUUCAGAAGUUGCCGACGCCACGAUGAAGGCACUGGAAGCAGUCCUUCCAUGGGAUCUCCGAGAGCUCAUGUUCGCAUUCGAUGAACUAUUGCAGGCGAUUAGUCACCAAACCGCCUUCUUGAUUCAAGAUACCAAGAGUCAAGUGCGAGUUUUACGAAACCGUCUUAUCCGGCGGAAUGAACGGGCAAAGCAACGCGCAAGAGAGUUGCGGGAGGCUGGAGAGCGUUGGGCGUUUGUUGCAAGAACCAAUUUUCAGAAGCGAGCCAAGGUCGCAUCAACCAGAGCUCACUAUCUCAGAGAGAGAUUUGUCUCCACGUCCAGCCAUGUCUGGAAAGCGUAUGCUCAAGCUCGUGGAGAGUGGUCCGAGAAGCUAGAGACCAAGAGAGCCCAACGGAUGAAACGAACUCAUGGUGUUGGCUUGUUUGCCACUCUGAAACAAAGACGAGAGAGUCGCAGGCAGAAGAGGUCUCGGUAA